AGACAUUGCAUCGCCAGCUAAUUGUCUUGUCAUAAGACGCGUAUGCCACAUCCUGCAUUGAAUCGACUGUAAGAAAAAUAAGAGAAUCAUUGUGCUUUCCCUAGCACAGCUUCAUUUUAAGAGUUCGCUGCCAUACUUGUUGAUACUAGAGCAGAUGGGGAAGAAGAAGGCACAGUCGUCGAAGUAUGGAGCACCUCUCUAUUGUGCAGCAUGGCCUCCAGGAGGCUACGUCUUGGUUGCUGGUGGCGGUGGAAAGAAGAGUAGCGGAAUUCCAAACAAGAUAGCUAUUGUCCAGGUCUCGCAGGGCAAGCUAGGCGCUGAGGUUGACUCUGUGGCGACAAAGGAGGCACCUCUGCGCAUGGCGCUGCAUCCACAGGGGACCUCGCUGGUGCUGGCACUUGGCACUGGGACGCUAGAGCGCUUCGAUGUGGAGAUUAGGCCGGAGGCUCCACCAGUGCUUCACCCGGCUGCAGGCAAGGAGAGGGAAAGAUUGGCGGGGUUUGCGUCGGUGAAGUGCCUGGCAUUCAGCAGUGACGGCCGCCUGCUGGCAAUGGGAGGAGAGGAUGGCUCAAUCACUGUGCUGGACUACCUGACGCUGCGAGUGCUAGCUGACCUAAGGGGUGAAAAUGGCCUGAGGGACGCAGUCAGAGACGUGGACUUCAGCCCGGCCCACAAAGACAAGGUGUUGGCAGCCACGUGCGAGGAUGGCAGCUGCACCCUGUGGGCAUGGGAGAAGCAGCUGCAGAUAGCCUCCCUCGACCUGCCUCAAGGGCUUGAGAAAGGAGGCGCCUUCAACAGGUGUAGAUUUGCGCGAGACGGCAGUAACGCGCUCUUUGUCACUGUCAAUCAGAGGGGAGAGGGACAUCUCCUGCGCUGGGAGCAGAACGAGGAAGGGGAGUUGCUAUUGGAGAGGCAGGCCAAGGCGCACGCCGGCGCCUCAACCUCCUUUGACAUCAGCCCAUCAGGAGCUUAUCUUGGAUCUGCAACCUCAGAAGUGAGAUUUCGCCCGUCUUUGUGUUUGGCAGGUGACGCAGGCGUUUUCAACAGCGCCACGCUGGCGCCAGUGAGCAGGACGAGGGCGGCGCACAUGGUGUUCGCCACGGCGGUUGCCUUUGAAAGGGGCGACAGCGCUCUGCUGUCUGUCUCAGCCGACGCCAGCGCGCACCUCACCCCCAUAGCUCCCUGGGGCCGCGGCAUCUCCCUUGUAACCCUAAUCCUGCUGCUAUUAGUAUUGCUGUUGGCGGCGCUGGCGGCUGUGUGGGCCUUGGGGCUGGAUGUGAGGCUGCAGCAGACUCUGGAGCGCUUUGGGAUCCGCCCGGGAAAGCACGGGGAGCUGUAGUGCUGCCGAAUCCCCAGUCCUUGCUGUUGGCAAGAGUAUCACUCAUUGAGUUGGAACGCCAAUUUGUUGCCUAGUUGAGCUUUUCAGGCCCUGCCUGGUGGACUGUCUCGCCUUUGACACCACCGACGGGGAUGUAGAUGUCCGGACAGCGGUUUAUAAAUAGGAAAUAACUGUUGACUAAUUAUUAUUGCUCAGUGUGACAGUCACCUGCGGUGCAAACAGAGCCUGCUGUAUACAAUAGUAGGGAAGCGCUGGCUUAUCAAACCUGUCAACAAGC